AUGCUUCUUAUUGAGAAUGCAUCCGUACAAAUGGAGUCAGAUGGAGUAUCUCAACAGACAUGUGACUAUAUGAAACUGAAGGCCUACGGAGCUGAUUCAUGCCUGACAGUUUUGAACGCCAAUCAAGUAUUGGUGUUCACAGUAAAAAUUAUUACCAGUAAUGGACCACUAGUUGGCGCCAGUUCUCUAGUUAUCAACAGGAUGCUCAUGACCCUCCUCACUCUUCUGCAAGGAGCCUCUACCUAUGUGGUGUUGGCAAACUCCAAUUCUAUCAAGAGUGCUCCUGCAGCACCAGCUGGUCAACCUAUGGGCUUCUACCCAGUCAGUGUCAGCCCAGACUCCUACUAUGACACUGCCAACAAGUACCAGCCCUUUGAUGCCUACCCGCUCUACAGUUGCACAGAGGAUGAUGAUUGUGCUCUAGAUGAAUUCUGCCAUAGCUCCAGAAAUGGCAACAACAUGGUCUGCCUGGCAUGUAGGAAACGCAGAAAAAGGUGCCUCAGGGAUGCCAUGUGCUGCAUGGGCAACUACUGUAGUAAUGGUAUUUGUAUUGAGCAAGAAAGUGAACGUUUCCACAAUCAUGGAUAUGUGGAGGAUCCUAUAAUGGAGACAUACAAUGCUGAGGCAACGAUGGAUACCAACACCAAAUUUACUACAUCUCCUUCUGGAAUGCAACCCUUUAAAGGUCGGGAUGGGGGGUGUCUCAGGUCAUCAGACUGUGGACCAGGACUUUGUUGUGCACGCCACUUUUGGUCAAAGAUCUGCAAACCUGUCCUUGAGGAAGGUCAAGUGUGCACCAAGCACAGGAGAAAAGGAUCUCACGGUCUGGAGAUAUUCAGCGUUGGUCAUUGUGGAGCAGGACUGUCCUGCAAGUUUCAAAAAGAGUUCACAACAGUUCCCAAAUCCUAGCUUCACACGUGUCAGCGACAUGACCAGCUCUCCAUGGACUUCUAUCACUACGUUGAGCUACAGUAGGACUUUGAUUGACAGAUGACUUGCUCUUUGGAUGUACCUGUAACCUUAUAACAGUUUACAUUAAGUACUCUGGAGGUCGUCUAUGAUCCAGGGUCACCUGAAUGGUUUCUUUUUAUGGAACUGCACUUUAUUCCCCGUGUUUGCAGUAAAUUACUGUGUUGUACAUACAAUGCAACUCUCUCAGUUGUAUAUAUUUAUGAUUGUGGAAAGUUAAAACUGCUGCCAUUCUGCUUCUAUCUUGUACAUUUGUACACAUCUCCCGACCCUUUUUAUAAUGUAUAA